AUGACGCCGGCCAAGCAGGCUAGCCAGCGACGAGGCUCAAAGCAGACAACGUUGGCCUGGUGGCGCACCUUUCUCCUUCACAAUGCCUUUGUGCCUCUCCUCUUCCGCCUCAUCAACAUCACCUUCACCACUACGACAUUGGCCGUCGCCAUCAAAUUGUACCAGAUUCUCAGGGACGAGGAUGCUCCAGACGCCGUCGGAAGCAGUCCGAUUGUUGCCAUCAUCUUCUCGCCCCUCACUCUCCUCCACGUCGGCAUCCAAAUCUGGCUCGAGUACUUUUCCAGGCCAAUUGGUCUCUGGCGCGUCGGCAGCAAGCUCUUCUACACAUUGACCGAGCUCAUCUUUGUGUGCCUCUGGUCCGCCGAGCUAUCACUCUCGUUUGACAACUACUUUACCUCGACGCUCGUCUGCACCACUUUUGACUCGCCUUAUGCUGGCAACGACUCGCCCACAGUGACCGGUAACCAGGUCCUCAACAACCCCGGCAAGAAGCCCUACAUCUGCCGGCUACAGGGCGCCCUCAUUGGUCUCGUUUUCACCAGCCUGUUGGCCUAUGUCAUCGUCUUGACUGUCUCUCUCUUCCGGAUUUUUGUUAGAGUCUCUCGUCACUAG